AUGAUAAAAACUAAUUUUAAUGAUAAACUUAAUAAUUUAAUAGACUUUAUGAGUUAUUACAAAUUAAAAGUAAAAGCAAGAGAAAUUUAUAAUCAAUUAACAAAUAAAACAGGAGAUUUGUUAAAAUUUACAGGUAAAUAUAAAAAUAACCUAAUAAGAGGAGAGUUAACUAAUGAAAAUAAAUUAAACAUAUUUGUAAGAAAUCAAACAGAAGAAUAUAAAAUUAAUUCACUUAAAGAUUUAAAAUAA